ACUUCUUUUCAUCCCCGUCACCGCCUCGACCGUACACAUUUUUCCUGCACAGAUUGAAACUCCCUAUAUACCCUUCUGAGAUUAAGUUUUGAGUUCACGCCCGUAUAUUUUUCAUUCAGUCACUUCGUUGCGCUUUCUAUCAUUUGUUCAGCCUGAGAGGAGGUUCGACCCCCCGGAUCACCCGAGUCUUCUAUCCAUUGUUUAGCCGAUCAUCAGGUCUCCUUUCGCCGGAGAUGACCAUCCUCUCUAAUCCCCCGGCGGAUCAAGAAGACGAUGACAUGCUAGUUCCUAAUUCCAAUUUUCCAGCUGAAGGCCCCCAGCCUAUGGAAGUUGCUCCUGCGGAUGCAACAAGUACAGUUGACGCUCAAGCAGUGGAUGAUUCGCCCACAGCACGGUUCACAUGGACAAUUGAGAAAUUUUCAAGGUUGAAUGCAAAGAAGAUGUACUCAGAGAUUUUCCAUGUGGGCGGAUAUAAAUGGAGGAUAUUGAUUUUCCCAAAAGGGAAUAAUGUGGAUCAUUUGUCAAUGUAUCUUGAUGUUGCCGAUUCUUCAUUAUUGCCUUAUGGGUGGAGUAGGCAUGCCCAGUUCAGUUUGGCAGUGGUUAAUCAGAUUCAUAACAAAUUUACAGUGAGGAAAGAUACCCAACAUCUCUUCAAUGCAAGAGAGAGUGAUUGGGGUUUCACAUCUUUCAUGCCCCAUAGUGAGCUAUAUGAUCCUAGCAGAGGAUUCAUUGUGAAUGACACUGUCAUAGUUGAAGCAGAUGUAAUUGUGCGUAGGGUGAUUGAUUGCUGGUCACAUGACUCAAAAAAGGAGACUGGCUAUGUGGGGCUUAAAAACCAGGGUGCUACCUGCUAUAUGAACUCUCUUCUCCAAACGUUGUACCAUAUUCCGUACUUCAGAAAAGCAGUGUAUCACAUGCCAACAACUGAGAAUGAUAAUCCAUCCGGGAGCAUCCCCUUAGCUUUGCAGAGUUUGUUCUACAAGCUUCAAUACAAUGACACCAGUGUAGCAACGAAAGAGUUGACGAAGUCUUUUGGAUGGGACACAUAUGAUUCUUUCAUGCAGCAUGACGUGCAAGAACUUAACAGGGUUCUUUGUGAAAAACUUGAAGACAAGAUGAAGGGAACAGUUGUGGAGGGUACAAUACAACAAUUAUUUGAAGGCCACCAUAUGAACUACAUUGAAUGUAUCAACGUGGAUUACAAAUCCACCAGGAAAGAAUCUUUUUAUGACCUUCAACUUGAUGUCAAAGGGUGUCUGGAUGUAUAUGCUUCUUUUGACAAGUAUGUCGAAGUGGAAAGUCUUGAUGGUGACAACAAAUAUCAUGCGGAGCAGUAUGGUUUGCAGGAUGCUAGGAAAGGUGUUCUUUUCAUUGACUUCCCUCCCGUUCUUCAACUUCAGUUGAAGCGAUUUGAAUAUGACUUUGCACGAGAUACUAUGGUCAAGAUAAACGACAGAUAUGAGUUUCCUUUGGAACUUGAUCUAGAUAGAGAGAACAGGAAAUAUCUAUCUCCUGAUGCAAACCCAAGCAUUCGCAAUCUCUAUACUUUACACAGUGUUUUAGUACAUAGCGGUGGGGUGCAUGGUGGACACUAUUAUGCUUACAUCAGACCAACCCUCACAGAUGAAUGGUUUAAAUUUGAUGACGAGCGUGUGACAAAAGAGGAUAUAAAAAGGUCAUUGGAAGAGCAGUAUGGCGGCGAGGAAGAGUUACCACAGACAAACCCUGGAUUUAACAAUUCACCAUUCAAGUUUACAAAGUACUCAAAUGCAUAUAUGCUUGUAUACAUACGCGAAAGUGAUAAAGACAAAAUAAUAUGUAAUGUGGAUGAGAAGGACAUUGCAGAGCACCUCAGAAUUAGAUUAAAGAAAGAACAAGAAGAAAAGGAACAAAAGAGGAAGGAGAAAGCAGAGGCUCACCUUUAUACGAUAAUCAAGGUUGCUUGUGAUGAGGACCUUCAUAAUCAGAUUGGAAGGGACAUAUUCUUUGAUCUUGUGGAUCAUGAUAAAGUCCGCAGUUUUCGUGUUCAGAAAGAAAUGCCAUUCGAUGUAUUCAAGGAAGAAGUUGCCAAGGAAUUUGGUAUAGCAGUGCAAUAUCAGCGUUUCUGGUUAUGGGCGAAGCGACAGAACCAUACAUAUCGUCCAACUCGGUUAUUGUCACCUAUAGAGGAAGCUCAAACUGUCGGGAAUUUAAGAGAAGCAUCCAAUAAAACGAGUACGGCUGAGCUAAAAUUGUUUUUGGAAGCCAAAUUUAGCGCGGAUUUGCAACCUAUUCCUCCACCACAAAAGACCAAGGAUGAUAUUCUUCUAUUUUUCAAAUUUUAUGACCCUCUUAAAGAGGAGAUACGGUAUGUUGGAUGCCUUUUUGUCAAAGCCAGUGGCAAGCCAUUGGAGAUUUUGGCAAAGCUCAAUGAGUUGGCUGGAUUUCCUUCGGGUGAAGAAAUUGAACUCUUCGAAGAAAUAAAGUAUGAUCCUAAUGUUAUGGUUGAACGCAUAGAAAAGAAGGCUAGCUUUCGUGCAAGCCAGCUUGAAGAUGGGGACAUUAUUUGUUUCCAGAAGUCCGUUCAUAGUGGAAUCAGUGAGCAAUGUCGUUUCCCUAAUGUUCCUUCAUUUUUGGACUACAUGCAUAAUCGCCAGGUUGUUCGCUUCCGUUUGCUGGAGAAACCUAAGGAGGACGAGUUCACUCUUGAACUUGCAAAGAAGAAUAGCUAUGAUGAAGUGGUGGGAAGUGUAGCUCGACAUCUUGGAUUGGAUGAUCCAUCAAAAGUUAGGCUUACAUCACAUAACUGCUACUCUCAGCAACCAAAACCUCAACCAGUGAAGUACCGGGGAGUGGAGCGUCUUACUGAAAUGCUCAUUCACUACAAUCAGACUUCAGAUAUUUUGUAUUAUGAAGUGCUGGAUAUCCCUUUACCAGAACUGCAAUGCCUGAAGACUCUUAAAGUUGCUUUUUAUAGUUCAGCGAAGGAAGAAGUAACCAUUCAUACUAUUAGAUUGCCAAAACAAAGUACAGUGGAGGAUGUUCUCAUUGACCUCAAAGCAAAGGUGGAACUGUCUCAUCCAGAUGCUACACUAAGAUUGCUAGAGGUUUUCUAUCAUAAGAUUUACAAGAUUUUCCCUCUGCAUGAAAGAAUUGAAAACAUAAAUGAUCAAUAUUGGACAUUGCGUGCCGAGGAGAUUCCUGAAGAGGAGAAAAACCUCGGUCCUCAUGAUCGUUUGAUUCAUGUUUAUCAUUUUACGAAAGACACAACUCAGAAUCAAGCUCACGUUCAGAAUUUUGGGGAACCCUUUUUCCUUGUUAUCCAUGAGAAGGAGACAUUAGCUGAAGUUAAAGCACGCAUACAAAAGAAAUUACAAGUUCCAGAUGAGGAGUUCUCCAAGUGGAAGUUCGCAUUUUUAUCAUUGGGUCGACCUGAAUAUCUACAAGACUCUGAUAUUGUUGCUAGCCGUUUUCAGAGGAGAGAUGUUUAUGGUGCUUGGGAACAGUACCUGGGGUUAGAGCAUACUGACCACUCACCUAAAAGAUCAUAUGGUGCCAACCAGAACCGUCACACAUUUGAUAAGCCAGUUAGAAUCUACAAUUAGGGAGACGGAGAGAGAGCCUUCUGCAUUGGCCGGCCAACAAUUAUUCCUUAUGUACAAUUUUGUGUAAAGUGGGGAGGAGAUUAAAUAUGAAGGAUUAGCAAGCAGAGCAGAUCGGCAGUUCCUUAAUUCUUUAUAUGGGUGUUUAGAUUGCAAUUUUCUAUUUUUUUUUUAUUUCAAAUUUUAAAGAAAGCAAUCUGGCUUUUGUUUUAAUUGUAAUUUCUAGCAAAUUCGGAUGAGCUUUUGACGGCCUGUAUAGAUUUUGGUGCAUGUGGUUCUGCGAUCAUUUGUUGUUUACUGUAGCUGGUCCUUUUUCUCACAUUUACGGACCAUAUUUGUUCUGUGUUGAGGCUAGGGAUUCUACAUCUUAAAAUGUGGCAGUGGAGAUAAACGCCUGCUUCAUUUGAUCAUUUCAGGUGAUAAAAGCAUACUAUGGAGUACUAACAUAACAUGAGGUUUUUACUUAACUAUAUAAAAUAUAUGAACAGAAAUGCGAUUAACGCUAUUAUGAGUACAUUGUCAGGCAUUUCAGUUAUAUGAAGUAAAAAAAAAAAUCGCAUUGUCCC